AUGACGAAGAGAGAUUUUGCGCUCGAGAAUACCCAACAAGAUGUAUCCAGCCCAGAGAAGAGGUGGAAGAAGGAUAUUGAUAAUGUGCAGACUCCUUUGCGGGAGCUGAAGCCUGAUGACUAUACUGUCGGGUGGAUCUGUGCUAUCACAGUCGAAUACGUUGCCGCACAAGAGUUCCUUGAUGAAGAACACGAGGGGCCGAAAAAUGUAUCGCUUCAUGACAACAACAAUUACACGUUAGGCAGCAUUGGGGAGCACAACGUUGUCAUCGCUACCUUGCCUUUCGGGGAGUAUGGCAUAGCCUCAGCAGCAACUGUUGCUAGGGACAUGAUGCACUCGUUUCCCAAUGUCAGAAUUGGUCUAAUGGUCGGCAUUGGCGGCGGUGCUCCGAGCGAACAACAUGACAUCCGUCUUGGUGGCAUUGUAGUCAGCGCUCCAAAGAACGGUAACGGUGGCCUGCUCCAGUACGACUUUGGCAAAAAUAUUCAGGACCAGGAAUUCUUAGCUACGGGAUUUUUGAACCAACCACCCGUUGCUCUGCGGACAGCACUGGCAGGGCUCCAGGCUCAAUAG